ACCAACACCUGUGCGUUUGCUCUACAGGGCCUCUCCGAGGCCCGGCAGCACAGCUGCAGACCCUUGGUGACCCGGAGGGUCCGAAGUUCUCCCUCUAGUGGCUCGCAGUAUGCUGGGUUCUGUGGCGACGCGGGAAGCUGGGGACCUCGAGCCUGGGCUUUCGCACGUCCCGGCUGGGGCAGUCAAGCUGGAUGUUGCUGGGAAGCAGCUCCGGGUUGCAGGGCAGGGACGCGCCCUUCCCCCGUGCAAACUUUCAGUCGCUGCAACGGAAGCAGGAACUUGAUCACGACAAAAAUCUGCGGGGCCGGCGCUGGAGCUGCGGAGGAUACCCUGCUAUCCUCUCCAGACCUUUGCGCGCUUCACCCGCCCUUUGAAAAAAAAAAGCGACCUAGCCGUCCUUGAGCCCAAGCGCCACGGGGACUAUAGGGAUCAGCUCGCUUGCAGGGGGAAGUGACCCCGUAUAAUCUUCCUGAAGUAAACUGAGACCAGAAGAGUCACCUUGACCUCUGAAGAGACCAGGAUUAGCAAAAGUUCAGAAUGCUCUUCCAGGAGGAGCGGAGCUGGGCUUAUACUUUGGUGAUAAUUUGCUUCCUGACACCAAGGCUGGCCGCUGCUCAGAAGUGCCUCACCGAGAGUCUAGAGGAUGCGGUCAUUGACAUCCAGUCCUCCCUUUCGAAAGGAAUCAGGGGCAAUGAGCCCAUCUACACCGUAACUCAGGAAGACUGCAUCGGUGCCUGCUGUUCAACACAAAACAUAGCGGGGGAUAGACCCUGUAACCUGAUGAUCUUCGACACCCGGAAGACAGCCAGACAGCCCAACUGCUACCUGUUCUUCUGUCCCAGUGAAGAAGCCUGUCCACUGAAGCCAGCAAAGGGACUCAUGAGCUACAGGCUCAUCAGAGACUUUCCAUUUCCCAGAGCCACUUCACCACUCCAGAAGUUAACACAAGAAGAAUCUCUCUUACUUGGCCAUACCUCGACAGCAGUCUCUGUCCGGGCACCUCCUCCCAGAGGUUACCCAAAGCCCACCAGUCUGACUUGGAGAGAUGUAUCUUCUCAGAGGUCCACCGCCUCAGCUCACUCACAGAAACUCAUCAAGAUUGAUGGAACAAACACACAGCUCCCUGUUUAUAAAGAAAGGGGCCAGUCUCGGAGCUUAGAGCUGUCCUCAGAACUGAAAAUGGCUCACCUGCUCCCUGAAAAUGUGACCACUCCCCCUAUCACUGUAGCUCUUGCUUCUCUCCAUAAUGUCCCUGCCACUCUGAAGCCUGCACUUUUGUUCACCAGUGCCUCAGUGACACUGGUGCCUUUACAGCAGAAGGGGGCCGCCACACCUUCUCCACCCUUAACCACAGUGACCUGGAAGCCUCCUGCAGGCCCCAUGUCUACAAGUGUCACACAAGCAGUUACACGCCAGGCAGCUCUGACCACUGCCUCUCAGGCACAUAUGAACUCGAAAGGUAUCUUAGAAACCGCACCCUUUCAAGCAGGCUCCAAGCUAACCUCAGACACGGGGCAUGGGAAGAGCUCUGAGGCCCUGUCUUCGUCAACCUCAGAGUCUUCUGUUAUAAGCAAGACGGCUUCCUGGGAGAAUGGGAAGGCCAGUGUAGGCAACACAUCACUGAGCAGGGUUCCAAAGAGCCAGCAUGGACUUUCAUUUGAGAAGUGGCUUCUCAUUGGGACCCUCCUCUUUGGCGUUCUGUUCCUGGUAAUAGGCCUGGUCCUCUUGGGCAGGAUGCUGGCAGAAUCCCUCCGUAGGAAACGGUAUUCAAGACUUGACUACUUGAUCAAUGGCAUCUAUGUCGACAUUUAAAGACAAAUUGGGGAUCUCUUAGUUGGUGUAAUAACUCGUUGCCAAAUGCACCUGUUUCUCCUGCCCAGCCCAUCUCAGUAGGAACUAUAUCUUGAAGGACUCUAAUGCUACUUUUCUUCAUUUUCGUUUCCUUUUUGAGACAGGCUCAGGUAGCUGGGGCUGGUCUUGAACUCCUGCUCCUCUUGCCUCUGCCUCCCACCUCUACUUCAUGGUUACAGGUUUUCACUACCUUGUCUGGAUUUUUAAUUAAAAAAAGAUUUUUUUUAAAUUCCUUUGUAGCACUAGAGGUCAAAUUCAGGGCCUUCUGCAUGCUGGACACUCUACUCCUGGGCCUCAUCCCCAGCCCAACCUCUUUCUGUUUGUUUGUUUGUUUUUUCAGAAGAAGAGAAAGGAUAAAAGAAACUAAGUUAUUUAAGUGACCUGUCUGUAAAAUAGUAGCUGAAAAUAAUUCUGAGUUAAAAUAUUAAGUCCACUUGAGUAUAAAGUAGAAACCUGUAUCUAAACAUAAGUUUAGGCCAUCUGAGUUGGAAUUCAUUACUAUUUCUCAUUCCAGAUAAUGGCAACUGUUUGAUACUAGUUCUAAUGGAUUCUCUUUCCUUUUUUUUUUUUUUAAUAUGGAUUCCAAUAAAACUCAUUCCAGAUGUGUUUCCCCCCAAUUAAAUAUUUGAAUAAAUCUCUUGUUACUCAG